GCUCCGGUUUAGUUGUCAGACAAAUGGAGCUCGAGUAAAAGAAGGAGACUUGAGCAUUUAGCCGCCAGUGAGCUCUUUUAACCGCCGUAGUUAUAUAUUUUUUUUACAUGGUUGUCAUCGAGAAAGAACGCGCAACUUUAGAGAUUUUAGGAAAAUACUUUUUGGACUGUCGUGUAUUCGGCAGGUCUGCAGCAGGUCUGCAGCAAGUCUGCAGCAAGUCGGAGGUGGGGGCGGCGAAUUUCCCAAAUGCAGGGUGACAGGGAACGGCUCGUUAAUAUUCAUAGAGGAAGCACCGCCUGAUUAGCCAGGUACCAGCUCCCAUGAGCUGGUACCAGCUCAUGGGAACCCCGACUCGCUGUCAUCACAGAAUCCUGAGAUUUGUACACGUCACACAUGAAUCAUCCUGAAGUGCUUCAGGUAAGCAACUUUUCCCUGAAGAGUAUGAGCAAUAGUGUGUGUUCCCACGAGCCACUGGAAAGGGGGAAUUUCAGGGGCUCCCUGAAGUUCCAGCUUGAUACCAACGAGGAGGUCCAGAGAUGGCUGGAGACCUUUCAAAGGUCAUCCCAGAUGACCUGGAGGGUGGCAAAAGCAUAUUUCGCUACUGAGGGUUCUGCUUGCCACAAGUAGAGAGUGGACUUGCGAUGCCAGCACAACACACGGCGUCCAUCAUCUACAAAAAAGGACACAUUCUGUCCAGCUAUGCUCUACCAUGUACUGAAAAACUGCAUUUUCGUCAAAGCAAAAAGUCAAGAAGAGAGGUGAAGAAGAGAGUGCGGUCAGGGUGGAGUGGAGAAGAGUGUCAGGAGUGAUUUGCGACAGAAGGGUACCAGCAAGAGUUAAAGGGAAGGUCUACAGGAUGGUUGUGAGACCAGCUAUGUUUUAUGGUUUGGAGACAGUGGCAUUGAUGAAAAGACAUGAGGUGGAGCUGGAGGAGGCAGAGUUGAAGAUGCUAAGAUUUCACUGGGAGUGACGAAGAAGGACAGGCUUAGGAACGAUUAUAUCAGAGGGACCGCUCAAGUUGGACGGUUUGGAGACAAAGCAAGAGAGACAAGAUUGAGAUGGUUUGGACAUGUGUGGAGGAGAGAUGCUGGGUAUAUUGGGAGAAGGAUGCUGAAUAUGGAGCUGCCAGGGAAGAGGAGAAGAGGAAGGCCAAAGAGGAGGUUUAUGGAUGUGGUGAGGGAAGACAUGCAGGUGGCUGGUGUGACAGAGGAAGAUGCAGAAGACAGGAAGAAAUGGAAACGGAUGAUCAGUUGUAGUGACCCCUAACGAGGGCAGCUGAAAGUAGUAGUAGUCAAAGCAAAAAGUCCAGGUUAGCUAUGAAACAGUAAAAAUAAUAUUAUGCUUCAACAGCAAUCAUUUUGAAAUUGCAUACUGUUGAAUCAAGGUGACAUACUCAUCUUUAGUUCAGUUUUUUGUAGAUCUGGUGAUUGCCCUAAUCAAGAGCGGUAUUUGUUCCAUGUGAACAUUUAAAGUCAGCAUAACCACCGCUUGACUUGUGCUGAGGACUUGCGGCACCGGGAUGUGUCAAAUGACAUGGAAGAGAAACUAAAGAAAUUGUACGAAAGAGGCCAAUCUCCCUUUACAGCACUGAACACCCUUAAAUAUGACCUUCAGGAGGAGCAGAGUGAUUCUUAUGUGUAUGUACGUGCUGACAGAAUUGUCAAGGACGAGUCAAGCUAUUCAGUCCCCAGUGCAUCAACAGAUGCCACGUACUUGGUCAACAUGUCUUUGGGCACAUGCACAUGUACAGAUGGCAGCACUGGUGCUCCCUGCAAGCACCGGCAUGCAGUAAUGCAGGCCUUUAACCUGAAAGGAAACAACUUACCAGCGGUCACCUCACCAACUGAAAGGAAAUUGUUCUAUGAGAUUACAACAGGCACCCAAGACCAGUGUGGCAGUUGAUCCACCAUCCGGAGAACGCUCACCACCCGGAGAAGGAUCAUCACCAAGGCUCAGCCAGGGAAAUUAAUCCUCUUGAGGAUAACCUCAAAUGCAUGACUGAGGGGCUGUUGGAGAAACUGAGAUGGGACGAAACCUUCCAGGCUCCCGUAGAAGCUUUUGUCUCCUCUUAUGAAACGUUUACCACCGAUAGUAAGGCUGAUUUCAGCAAUGUUCACAUUUGGCAAAUCAAGCAGUGCAACCACUACAGCCAAGCUGUUAAAGCUGCAGGCUAAGAAAUGCCUACAAAUGAGCACAGCAAUUGGCGUUCAACCAACAGCUGUGGCUUGAAGGAAGGCACCUCUUGGAAGCAGCCAGGCACUCAUCACUGGAAGACACCCCUCCCCCAAGACAGCCAGAAAAGAUCAUAACUACAGCAGAGGCGGCAGUGCACUGCCUAAAAGACCUGCACCACCCUAACUGUCUCAGUGUGUGACUGAGUGUGUGUCCCUGGGUCGCAAACAUCUUUCUUUCUUCUUCGUUCGGCUUGUUCCCCGUUUCUCAGGGGUCACCACAGCAGAUUUUGUAGUUUCCAUCGGUACCCUGUGAGGGUACGGAACCAGUGGCGGCAGUUGUUAACCCUGGCCUUGAGCGAUCCAGUAGUGAGCCUCAACCAAUCUGAUAUGGUUUUGUCAAUCCAAGUCGCAAACAUACAUAAAAUAAAUUAACUGUGCGUAAAUUACAUAUUUGUCCAUUUAUUUUAUUAUAAACUUUCGGCAACUUUGGCAGAGGCUUGCUAAAAGUGUUCGCCAGAAGGCCAUUUUUGCAAGAGAAUGUAUUAUAAUUAGUUGAUCCUGUCCUUGAAAUGUUCCACUCCUGUGUAAGUACCGAAGCCCUGAUGCAUAGUCUUUCCUAACCAAUAUUUAAUAAAGUCAGCUGUCAGUUCUACACAACAAAAUUAAAACCGAGUUCUAAUUCUGUCGUUACAGCUUUUAAAAGCAUGGCAAUUGUUUAGAUUGUAUCUCUUGACUAUAAGGUGUAGGUAAGUCUCUCCGAGAUGAGGUCAAGUGUCCCCUUUCAGUUGCACAAAUCAGUUUUGUGGAGAAAAUUGCUGAGUUAAUUAGUGGACCAUCGAGACAUACAAAAACAAAUGGUGAUAUCUACCCAGUGUUUGGGGUUGCCUCUUUAUGAAAAAUCAUGUCUUAAGAAGUCAGUUUACCUCUAUAUGUUUGUCACCUAAGCAAUAGCCUAAAGCACGAGUGAGAGUGAGUGUGUCUUUCUUUGAGUCUUACAUAGUGGAUGAUCGACAUGUAAAAACAAGCAGCGAUAUCUGUGUAGUGUUUGGGGUUGCCAUGGUGUUACGUUCCCCGUUAAAGGUCCAGGGGAUGAGGGGAAGUAACAAAGAAAAGAAAAUAAUCCCGGGAGGUGGAACCAGGUGUAAAAACAAAUAGAUUUAUUAACAAAAACUAACUCUUAAGUCAAUAUAUACACAAAAAAGGGCAACUGAAGAAGCUGGCUCUUAACUAACCAGGCUUAGAUAACCAAAACAAACUCAGAUCAGACCAAAACGAAAGAAAUAAGAACACUAACAUAGGUUUCACCCUCCUUCUCAAGGAGUAUUGAGUCUUGACACAAGAGCUCGCUCUCUGGUUGACAACAAUGGCCUGCUGGCCUGCUUGCUGGCUGGCUGGCUGGCUAGCUGGCUGGCUGGCUGGCUGGCUGGCUGCCAAUAAUGGCCCACUAGCACUACAGGGCGUCUCUCUCCAAGGUAUAUACCUAGCUGAUGAUGGAUUGGAAUCACCUGGGCUUAACCAGCAGCUCCACAGGAGGCGGGGCAUUACCUGGAGAGAGAAAAUUACACAGACACCCAACUCACAGCUCAAGGGCCGUAACACAUGGGUUUUAAAGUCUUUAUCAAUUAACGCAACAUGUCAGAGCCGGAACAUUGUAUCAGCCAAUCAGGUAGCGCUUCUCUUAUGAGUAUUAAUGAGUCUUCCCCGUCACCCUGUAUUUGGGAAUUCGUGUGGGGGUGGGGGCUGCAGUGUCGAGUGCUCCCUUGGAUCAUUGAGGAACCGGUGUGACCAUGAAACCCAAGUAGAGACAUGAACCAUUAUUGAACAGCUUAAAGAUUUAGUAAACACCUUCAAAGGCUACAGGCUGGCUGUUCAGGAGUUAAGUUGCAGACUAGGCAGACAUCACAUGUUGCCAUCUCUUCUUAUUUUUUCGGGCUUUUUCCCUGUUUUUCAGGGGUCGCCACAGCGGAUUUUAUAGUUUCCAUCAGUAUCCUGUGAGGGUACAGCACCAGUAGUGGCUGUUAACAUGGGCCUUGACCGAGCCGGGUUGAAAACUUCACCCCUUGUUCCAGCAAGUGCCGCUUAGUUUUGGAGCAGCAAGGUGAAAAUGGAGAGCCUCCACAGCCACUGCCUGAAGUGCGUCAACAGAAGAUGCAUGAUAAGGCCAGAGACGGGGGUUUCCUGUGACCUCAUUGGCUGUCCUCUUGUCUGUGGAGCUGUCUUUCAUGCAUGCAAAGUAGAAGAACACCGUUUACUGUGUCCAUAUGAAAGGGUGCCUUGCCUAAACAGCGGUUUUGGAUGCCCGUUCAGUGUUGCCAGGAUCAAGAUGGCAGAGCACCUAGAGACGUGCCCGGCAAGUGUAGUGUGUUGCACCAUGGAGUGGAACCGGUGGCCCGUGAGCUAUGCCGACCGCAAGUCAUAUGAAAACUUGAGCAAAGACUUUGAUGACGUGGAGCAGCUUGACAUGGCCUUGGCCCUGCAGGAUCAGAGGAUGCUGCUGGAGUCCCUAAAAGUGACGACUACUGUAUCAAAGAAUGGAGAGAAGCAAAUGGAAGAAAGUGAGAAGAUGGCGGCAGCAUCUGGUGUAGCGGAGACACAGCUGAGCAAUGGAACAGUGGACAUGGAACAGGAACCUUAUAAUGAUUUGUAUGCUGCCUCCGUGGAGACUAGCAGAAGUUUAGUAGCUGCCUUGGACAUCCUCACUAACUCCAAGGAUGUUGACGUAUUUGUGGGAAAUGUAAAUGGGGAAAAUCCCAAGAACAGAGCUCUUCACAGUGGAGAAAAUGGCGAUUUUGCUGCUGAAGAUGUGAAGAAUGUAGACAUGAAGGAGAGUGACUCUGACUCGGACUGCGAGCUUGGAGCCGUCGGUGGGGUGGACAGUGAUGUGGGGAUAGAUGGGGAGGAAGAUGACAUUACCUGGGUCGAACAGAGCGACUUUGUUGAGUUGUUUGUUGAACCUGAGAAGGACAACGUCAUCUGUGACCAAAUUGAUGAUUCCUCCCUUGUCAGGCCAGAGAUGCCUUACCAUUCCAUGCCUGUUGUUGUACCAGUGCCCCCGGAACCACAACCAGUACCAUUGUCACCUCCCAUGCCCUUCCUGCUGCCUGAUCAGUUAAGAAAUAAUUUAUUACAACACCUACCAAUUGAAUUGGGGUAUCGGUGCCUGGAGCGCAAGUUACAGAAUGUGGACUUUCUUCGAGGAAUGAGUGUGUUUACCUUCAAUGGGCGACGAGCUCUGCUGUCAGAUCCUUACUUGUUCCGAGCUAAGAUGGAGGACAAGGCAGUUGACACUUCUGACUUGGAGGUAGCGGAUGACCCCAUGGGUCUCCACGGCAUAGACCUCAUCACUGCUGCUCUUCUUUUUUGCCUCGGGGAUUCACCAGGUGGUCGAGGAAUCUCAGACAGCAGAUUUGUUGAUGGCUACCACAUCGACUUUGGUACUCAAACCUUCUCUUUUCCCUCGGCCAUUCUGGCAACCAACACCAUGGUGGGGGACAUCGCCUCAGCAUCUGCCUGUGACCAUGCCAGCCCACAGCUCUCCAACCCCAGCCCUUUCCACACCCUCAGGUUGGACCUGGUGCUGGAGUGUGUGGCCCGGUAUCAAACCAAACAGCGCUCAAUGUUCACUUUUGUGUGUGGACAGCUGUUCCGACGGGACGAAUUUUCGUCCCACUUCAAAAACGUCCACGGGGACAUCCACGCUGGGCUCAACGGCUGGAUGGAGCACCGUUGCCCCCUGGCCUACUAUGGUUGCACCUACUCCCAGAGGCGGUUCUGCCCAUCCGUGCAAGGUUCCAGAAUCAUCCAUGACAGGCACCUUGGCUCAUUUGGUGUGCAGCUGGGCCUACCAUGUAAAAACGAGGACAUCCUCUCGAAGAAUACCUGCAGCUUUGACACCAAGUGCGACCAUGUGAGCAGUCUUCCAUUCGAGGUUCUCCAGCAUGUAGCCAGCUUCCUGGAUGGCUUCAGUUUGUGCCAGUUGUCCAGAGUAUCCCGCACCAUGAGGGACGUGUGCGCCAGCCUGCUGCAGAUGCGUGGCAUGGUGGUUCUGCUGUGGGAGAAGAAAAAGCUUGCUGACGGGUCUACAUCAUGGCAGAUAACAGACAAGGUGUGGCGGUUCAGCACCGCCUUUGGGACGGUGAACGAGUGGAAGUUUGCCAACAUUGCCAGCAUGGCCGACCACCUCAAGAAGUGCCAGUUCAACACCAUUGCGCGGCGGGAGGAGGCAGUCCCCCUGCCGUGCAUGUGUUUCACCAGGGAGCUCACAAAAGAGGGGAGGUGCUUACGCUCUGUCCUCAAACCAGUAGCAUGAGCAAAUCUUUUUUUGUUUUAGAGAUGUCUUGGACUUUUUUAACCCAUCAUAACUAUAAAUACAGAUAAAUUUGAUUCUAGCGUUUACAGUCAUUACGGAUUUGAGUUGUUCUCCAGCCUCAAAGUGUAUGUAAAACUUGUGGUUCACUGACGUUUUCCUGUUUUAGACUUGGGGUGUGGGGGGCAGAAAAAUCACAUCAAUGAGGAAGUAAACAUGAAUAGCAGUGGGACAAACGUUUCAACUAGAAAACGUCACAUUGUGGUUGUAGAUUUGGACUACGAAUGAGAGAACUGAAGUGUCUGGACUCGCUUCUUCCACUCCGACAAAAAGACCCCGAGUUAGCUAAAAUGGAGCCUCUGUAAAACGAUUUACCAGUACCGGUGAACUGAAGAUUUACUUUUACGUACUCUUGACAAUGUGUAUAUACUCAUUGUUUUGAUGUAGAACUUUUUAUUUUUAUACCAAGAAGUCAGUACUGUGCUGCGUCGGAGACGAGAGUGGAUCCUUAACUUAUGCUAAAACACUUGAUUUCUAAUAAGCAGGGAGUUCUGAAUGUCUUUGACAAGAUUUCUCAACGUCUCCCUGCUAGAAGUAUUACCAGUAUCUUAUCUAACACCAGGUUUUUGUAUCUUACCCACGCCACCUAGUAGAGUGACCAUACUUUUGUGAUGCUCGAAGCUUGGUUUUCAUUGAGAUUACAUGACUUAAAUUCAGCAUUUUAGGAUACUGACCAAACAUCAAAUGUGUUUUUAAAAAAAAAAAGAAAAAAGGAAAAACAUUUUAUUUGAAAGGCCAAAUAUGACCACUGUAGCUGCUAAUUUCUCUUAACCAGCACCAGGUAUUGUGUAGCUCCGCAGUUGGGGACGAGUUAGUUUUUCUAACAGGUGGUCGGCCAUCUUCUGUUCACUCCUUCUCGUUUCUGGCAAAUGUGCUGGCAUGUUUGGACAGGGAGGGGAGUUAACUAACACUAGCUACCACCCAAAAGACAGUGUAUUUUAGUUGUGACAGGCGAGUUUGUCUCUUCUAAGGUGAAGGGGUGAACAAACAGUGCAGUCUUUAUGAGGUGCAGGUAAACCGCAAGAUAAACUUUAAAAGAGAAGGAACACCCUGCUGUUAAAUAGUUAAGUUUGUUUUUUUGCCAGUGUUGCAACAGCUUUGUCUUCUCUACUGGCUACUUAGACAACAUUUUCAGGAAAAUUUUCAAAAAAAAAAAUUGGUAAAAUAAUGAAAGUUAUUGGAUUUUUGGCAGUUAUUAGCUGUAACUGUGACCGAUUAGGUGACUAGUAUGUUUCCCUCCCUGAUGUCCGACCUCAUCCAACCCUGCUGGUCGGGUGUAAUAGAAAUUUCAUGGGCACACCCCGCGUCACCGACAAUGUCCGUUAUAUAUCAUGUUUGUAUUUUAAAUGUUUAUCCCUCAGCACUACCUAUUUGCUGUGUUCAGAUGUUGUUGGCAUCUCAGGGUUGUAGCAUGAAGCUGCGUCAACGAGUGCUGGAUGUGACUAGCAGAGAAUGACAUGUAGCCUACAGAACUAAAGCGAAGACUUUUGUCAGUUACAUGAUUACCACAGGAGUGUACCACUCAGUAUUAUAGCCUAGUAGUGUGUGUUGCAGUGCUGAUGUAAAGCUGAUUUGUGUUGUCUUGGAGAGAUCUGAAUCAGUCAUUGGAAUCCUGAUGUUUUUAUGUAAUUGGAUGAACGAGGCUGCAAGAUGAAAUGGUAUUUGAAUGUGUUGUAAAAACAUGAAGUAAUCCUCAUUCAACACCAAUCAAUGAGUUUUGACUGUUUACGUUUUGAUUUUUUUUUCGUGAGAUGACUCAAUGUUCAACAAAUUUUGAACAUUUUGCAUUUUGUUCCCCUAUAUAAAGAAUAGAUGAAAAAUUUUCAUCCUGCUGAAUGCAAAGUGGGUUAAAGCUGCAUUAAGCAAUAUUUUUGAUAUUUACAGUGAAUCAAAUGACUCCCUGUAAUGUGAAAGGAUUGUAGCACUGCCGAUUGCACUGAGAAUCAACACUACAGUCACCAGUUUUCCGUAAAGCAACACCAAGUAACUUUUUGGAUUUUACCGUCUUUUUUACAUCCGCUGUCGAAAAGACCAGCAAGCCCCCCCCCCUUUCAUACUAUAACAAUAUAUGUUUAAAAGCUGCUAUGCAAAAGAGCCACAGAAGAAGAGGAGCUUUUUGUGCCAUAUAGCAAUCUAUUUCCCGGGAGAUUUGUGUCCAGCGGAAGACAAAAUGCAAAGGGCAGAUGACAGUUCUAGGGCACUGAUCUGAACGGCGAUUGUGCCAUCUUCCCAUAGUAUCACACUACUACUACUACUACUACUACUACUACUACUACUUUUAGCUGCUCCUGUUAAGGGUCACCACAGUGGAUCAUCCAUUUCCAUCUCUUCCUGUCCUCUGCAUCUCCCUCUGUCACACCAGCCACCUGCAUGUCCUCCCUCACCACAUCCAUAAAACCUCCUCUUUGGCCUCCCUCUUUUCCUCUACCCUGGCAGCUCCAUAUCCAGCAUCCUCCCCCCAAUAUACCCAGCAUCUCUCUUCCACACAUGUCCAGACCAUCUCAAUCUUGCAUCACACUAUGCCAACAAAAUGAAUUCACUGAUAUGUAAAAAAAAAAAAAAAGCUGGUGCUGCUUUUACUUUCAGCUUAUUGCUUGGGUUUACUGGUCACGGAUCUCCCUGUAGGCCCUGUGAUGGCCUGGCGGCCUGUCCAGGGUGUCUCCCCGCCUGCUGCCCAAUGACUGCUGGGAUAAGCUCCAGCAUCCCCGCGAUCCUGAGAGCAGGAUAAGCGGUUUGGAUAAUGGAUGGAUGGAUGGAUGUCCCUGUCUUACCAGCCCUCCAACCCCCAUAAAACCACGGGCAAGCAACUAACAACUCAGAAGUUCAGAACGCAACUGCUGCCUUCAGUCACCCACCUCCACCAGUGCACAUACUGUGCAGGUAGCUGCUGUAAACUGCUGUCUGAAUGUAAACACAUUAGGUACAGCGAAACCAUAAAGACAGCGGUGAUGGUUAACUCUGUUGAGUCUAAUACAUCCUGACUGGACAUAUUAGCCUAUCACACCUGCUUCCUCUCCACUCCUACACAAAAGAAGAGUGAUCAUGAGCUGUUUGUCCCAGUUAGGCCACCGUAGAUAUGAGGAGGGGAAGGGGGUGCGGAAUCUCUUGGCUUAACCACCGUUUGCCCGCUAGUGGUCAGAAAUCACUUAAUGCAGCUUUAAAAUUGGCAGUGAAAAAUCACCAAUAACGUGAGGCAAAUCUUUCUGGUUUUAUUUGAAAAAAGUUUUUUUGUUUUUUUUUUGCUUCAUACCUUAAGUAAACUUGAAAGUGUUUACUAUAAAUCCUAUAAGGUGUUUUUAUCCUGCUCAGAAUUGGUCCUAGUUUGUGUUACUCCCUCACUUUUUUACUGGUACUCCUGUUUGGAAUGACUACCUGGUUUGUUAAAGUGUAUUUGAAUCCAUUUUUGUUUGGUGUUUUGUUUUUUUUGUUUUGUUGCACAUGAUGGUAUGAAUUGUAAGUUGGAAUGCUGACGGGUUUUCCUGCUCAACUGACGGAUCUGGUUCUCCCUCGUGUUUUGCAUGUGAGUGAGAUGGCUUUGAAAAGGAAUAAUUGUUCAUUCAUACUCUUUUAUAUUGUUUUCUCAGCAUUAAUAUUGUCACCCCCCCUCCCCAUUCCCCCCCAAUUGUAUCCGGCCAAUUACCCCGCUCUUCCGAGCCGUCCCGGUCUCUGCUCCACCCCCCUCUGCCGAUCCGGGGAGGGCUGCAGACUACCACACGCCUCCUCCCAUACAUGUGGAGUCGCCAGCCGCUUCUUUUCACCUGACAGUGAGGAGUUUCACCAGGGGGGGGACGUAGCGCGUGGGAGGAUCACGUUAUUCCCCUCAGUCACCCCCCCCCCAACAGGCGCCCCGACCAACCAGAGGAGGCGCUAGUGCAGCGACCAGGACGCACACCCACACCCGGCUUCCCACCCGCAGACACGGGGAUUCGAUCCUGCGAAUUGUCAGUUGUUGUUUUUUUAAAAUUCAUGACCUAUAUUUGUCCCCGUUCAGGCUGAUCAUGUGGGCGGCUGAGCAGACCCCAUGAAAGGCGUAAUGCGGCUCUGCCGGGGAGCAUCGCUACAUUUACAAUGAUGAGACAAGCAACAGCGUAUUUCGGAGACAAGUGCCUGGUUUGUGUCUUGGAUUUAUUAACAGUUUACGGGUCCCAAAAUGUACCCUCAUCUUCAUUGUCAUUAAAAAUUUUGUUUU